GCGCAUUGAUAACUAAGGUGCUCAGGCCGGGGGUGAAUGAGAUUGAAGAAGAGUUCUUGUUUUGUAUCUCAGUUUCUCUCUUUUUAGACAAAUUAAAUAAAAAAAAAUAAAUUGAAACGAAAACUCUGAUCAUAUUCAUUGGGGGGUUAUUUAGACGUCGGCGUAAUAAUUUUAUAUUUGGGAAAGGAUUAGGUACAGAGAUACGGGGGUGUUUGUAAAUAAUUAUUUAAAUAAUUUGUGAGGAGAGGAGGGUUGACUGCUGCUCAAGUGAGUAAAAGAGAGGAGGGAGUUGGAGAGCAGAGGACCAUUUCCCCGCCAGGUGCUGUAUCCCUGAGGCAACUUGGAUGGUGUUCAAAACUGGAGAGGGUGUGAAGGCUGAAAGCUCACCCGGACUGACGUGCAGACAGAAGGGACUGAUGAUGGAAUUACAAACGCUACAGGACGCCCUGAAAGUGGAAAUACAGAUCCAUCAGAAACUAGUUGCCCAGAUGAAGCAGGAUCCACAGAACGCCGAUUUGAAGAAGCAGCUUCAUGAACUUCAAGCUAAGAUCACAGCACUGAGCGAAAAGCAGAAAAAGGUGGUGGAGCAGCUGAGGAAAGACCUCCUGAAGCAGGAGCAGCCAGCGGCGGUGGGCGGCAAGCAUGUGCUGCAGCUGGACGGCAAGGUGUCGGCGCUUCCGGUGAGCCAGGCCCCGCUGUCCCUGCCGGCAGCCAACCUCAGUGCUCAGCAGAAAACUUUGACGGUUACCCCUGUCAUUGCCACGAAGACUCUACCUCUGGUGCUGAAAGCUGCUGCCCCAGCAAGCCCUGCUUCCAUUGUGACACAACGGCCCACAGUUGCCAUGGUCUCUGCCAUCAGCAGCAUCUCAAGUGCAGUGAAUUCCGAGGCACAGAAUGCGCCCGUCAACCUUCAGACACCCAACAAGCUGACCAAUCAGAGUGCAGAGGGUGUGCGGCUAGUUUCCAAGAAUGCUGUUGUAGUACAGGCCACCUCCACCGCCCAGCCUAUCAAAGUUCCUCAGUUUAUCCCUCCUCCCCGACUGACGCCUCGACCCAACUGUCAGCCGCAGGUCCGGCCUAAGCCAGUCGCCCCGAACAAUGUGCCCAUUGCUCCGGCUCCACCCCCGAUGGUGGCAGCGCCCCCUCUGCUGCAGCGGCCAGUCAUGUUGACCACCAAGGUGGCGGCCGCCGCGGGUCCCAUCCACCAGGUGCGCAUCGUCAACGGGCAGCCGUGCGGUGCCAUCGCCAAGACACUGCCCGCCGGCCAGCUGACCAGCAUCGUGCUCACCACUCCGACCGCCGCCCACCUGCCAGCUCCCCUGGUCGCGCAGCCAAGUGGCCCCUGCGGCGAUGCCAAGACUGUUAAUUCUCAGGGUGGGACAGAGCAGAAAACAUCGGCGGCUUCUUCGUCUCCCGCUCCCACCCCACCACCCACAGUCAAACCCAAGCGCGAGGAGAACCCCGAGAAAUUGGCCUUCAUGGACGCUCUAGGCCUUGUGACACACGAUCAUCUAGAAGAGAUUCAAAGCCGAAGACAGGAACGCAAACGCAGAACGACAGCGAAUCCCGUGUACAGCGGAGCCGUCUUUGAGCCAGAGCGGAAGAAAAGUGCAGUAACAUACCUGAAUACACCCCUGCAUCAAGGCCCCAGGAAGAGAGGUCGUCCUCCCAAAUACAGCAGUGUCGCAGAGUUGGGCUGCCCCACCCCGAGCUCCCCCUCCAGCAGCCAGGGUGCCUCCCCGGCCUCCGACAAGGCCAAGAUGGGGGGCUCUCACUUCCCUAUCAACCCCCAAACUCUCCCCUUGCUAAGCCCCAGCCCCAGCCCCAGCCCCGGGGAUGGAGACAUCCAUGAGGAUUUCUGCACUGUGUGCAGGCGCAGUGGCCAGUUGCUCAUGUGUGACACGUGCUCUCGUGUUUACCACCUGGACUGCCUGGAGCCGCCCUUGAAAACCAUUCCCAGAGGCAUGUGGAUCUGUCCUAAAUGCCAAGACCAGAUACUAAAGAAAGAAGAAGCAAUUCCCUGGCCAGGAACCUUGGCUAUUGUUCAUUCCUACAUUGCAUAUAAGGAAGCGAAGGAGGAAGAGAAGCAGAAGCUGUUGAAGUGGAGUUCAGAGCUGAAGGAGGAGAGGGAGCAGCUGGAACAGCGGGUCAAACAGCUGAGCAGCUCGAUCACGAAGUGCAUGGAGACAAAGAACACCAUCCUGGCCCAGCAGAAGGAGAUGCAGGCAUCGCUGGAGAAAGUGAAAGCCCUGGUGCGCCUCAUCCAGGGCACCAGUCUGAGCCCGGGCCCUGAGAGCGCAGAGCCGUCGGGGAUGGUGAACGGCAAGGCGGGAUGCGUCGGCGAUGGGGCGGACGAGUGCGGUGGCGCCCUGGACGGCGCAGAGCGGGCAAACGAGAAGGUGGAGGAGGAGGAGGUGGUGGAAGGAGAUCAUGAAAAGAACGUCCGGAACGAGAACAACGACAAAACCUCAGAAGCCAGUCAGUCUCCUGUGCCACGACCCAACAGCCAUUCAGAUGAUGCGAAAUAGCGCACGUCUUGUGGGACCAAAGAGAGGAAAAGCCCCUGAAGAGAGAGAGAGCUCCCACUCGCCCAGAAGGUGCCGCCAGUUGCCAAUCAAGAUAUAUAUAGAUAUAUAUAUAUAUAUAUAUAUAUAAAUAUAUAAUACAAUAUAUAUUUA